GAUAAAAAAUGUGAGGUCUCAGAUCGUUGAACUAAAACAGGACCUGAAGCCCGCUGUUCCCAACGCGAAAAGCAGGGUCAAGACGAUUUCAACUUCGUCUGCCGAUGGCCAAAAUGCUAGCAAAAAACUACCACACUCCAGCGCCGAAAGGAUUCGUUCCGAUUUGGCUGAAGAGCGCAAGCUCAAGGAAGAGAAACGUGCUGCAAAGCAACAAAAACGGGCCCAACUCAAGGCGGAAAGGAAAAUGCAAAAGAACACCGCGAAACAGAUCCUACCGGAAACGGAAACCAGGGUACGGACGAGUAAAAGCAUCGAAAUGGACGAACUCCCUCACGAGCACCAGUUGCUGCUCACUCUGUACAUGUUGAGCUCCGCGGCACGUUCGAAAUUUAUCGAAAUGCUGGGUCUAGAGCUCGGCUUGCUGGAGCUGCACCCCGUCAAAAAGAACGUGGUGCUGGUGAGUGAAGAUCACCGUAAGAUUUCCGAAGCACUGUAUGAGGCAGGGUUGAAAUACAUCACACAGUCGAAGAGCACAAAACCCGCGGAUAACGAAUCCGCGGACCAUGGGUCGCAGGUUGGCCAGAAGAAAACGAAGACAGCCGUACAGAGAACGUUCGAGUAUCAGGUUAGCUACCUGCUGAACAAUGGAAAGCAACAGCCAGUGGAAGAGUAUAAGCCGGAGCUGAUACUAAGGGAAGAUUCCUCGACUGAUCUAGCUUCUUUCGUGGCCACUCUGGUAGCCAGUGGCACUGGUUACCUGGUGGAAGGCUUGCUGCGGGUUAAUUCUCGCAACAACGCGCAAGCGUUUGUCGACGAUCCGCACCGCAUGGCGAAUAUUUACAUAAAUUCCAUCCUCCUUCGGCAGUGCGCCAUGGAUGGCGAUCGAGUGCGAGUUUUCGUAAUGAAUGGACCGGCACAGGCACCACCGGCGGAUAAAGCGUCGGAUAAGUCGGAUGCGGAUGUGAAGAAAAACACAGAUGUGAGUCACCCGGAUGACACGAUGCCCGUCGAAUCCACCGAUGAACUGGAGUCCGCUGAGUUAAAAAACAAUGUUGGGUUUGUGGUGGCGAUUCUGGAAAAACGUCACAAACGGCAGUGCGUGGGAAAGUUCCUACCGGCGGCAGCCGGUAAGAAGCACUAUCGAAUGUUUGCACCACGCGAUAUGCGUAUUCCGUCGAUGAGGGUUUUCCGACACGAUCUACCCAACGCAUUUCUCGAACCGAACGUUGCUGGUGGCGGUUCUGUUGAUGCGAUGGAUCCGAACGACGUUAUCUAUCAGGCGGAAAUCAUCGAAUGGCAGGAUGAAGUACCGAUCGGCACAAUUCUUCGACCGAUCGGCAAGUGCGGCUCGCUGGAGGUAGAAAAUGAGGCCAUCCUCGUCGAGUACAAUCUGGACGUGACGCCCUACGAGGAUAGCAUUCUGGCGCAGCUGCCACCACUGCCCUACCGCAUCCCGGAGGAGGAAAUAGCCCGACGAGAGGAUCUGAGGGGCGAGUGUAUCUUUACGAUCGAUCCAGCCACGGCCCGUGAUCUGGACGAUGCCCUCAGCUGCAAAGUGCUGUCGGAUGGAAACUACGAAAUCGGUGUUCACAUCUCCGACGUGACGUACUUCUUGCACGAGGGGUCCGAUUUGGAUCACCUGGUAAAGCUACGUGCCACUUCCAUCUACAUGGUUGACGCGGUGCAUCACAUGCUUCCGAAGCAGUUGUGCAACACCUGUUCGCUGCUGCCGGGCCAGGACAAGCUGGCGUUCUCGGUUAUCUGGACGAUACGGCCGGACGACGCCAGCGUGCUGAGCACCCGAUUCACGCGCAGCGUGAUUAACUCGUGCGCCCAACUUUCCUACGAACACGCCCAGCUGAUGCUGGACAAUGCAAGCGGCGCCUUGGACGAGGAUCGGCUGCCAGAGAUUCUGCAUGGCCAAACGGCGAGCGGAUUGCGUGAUAUCGUCAAUCGCCUACAGUCGAUCGCGGUGCAAAUCAGGAAGCGUCGAAUGGACGAUGGUUGCCUGAAGAUCAACCAACCGAAGCUGACGUUCCGGCUCGAUCCUGCCACCGGUCGGCCGCUCGACUAUGGCGUGUAUCAGUUGCGCGCGAGCAACGAAAUGAUCGAAGACUUUAUGCUGCUGGCCAAUAUGUCGGUGGCGGAGAAAAUUAGUUCUUCAUUUCCGGCCAUUUCGUUGUUGCGCCAUCACCGACCACCGUCGGAAAACAUGAUGAAACAGCUUGCCCGCAAUCUGGGCGUUCUUGGGUACACGUUCGCGUUCCACAGCUCCAAGGCGAUACGCGAAUCGAUGGAGGCGAUCAUCGAUUCGGCCGAGCAUCCGGACGCCGCCAGGAGUGUGCUGAAUGUGCUGUUAUCGAAACCGAUGACCCGCGCAAACUAUUUCUGCUCUUCGUUCUCCGAUUCGCCCAAGGAUCACGAGCAUUUCGCACUGGCCGCUCAAAUGUACACGCACUUUACCAGCCCCAUUCGGCGGUACGCCGAUUGUCUGGUUCAUCGUGUGUUGGCCGCCAGCAUCGAGGUCGGCGAGGUGCCGCAACGCUCUUCGGACGAACUGCAGAGACUGGCUUCGAUCUGCAACGAAAAGAAGUACAACGCGAAGCUGGCAGGAGAUGCCAGUUCACAGCUGUACUUCCGCCACUGGCUGCGAAUGGUCGGGGAGCACGAAACGUUGGCUGCCGUGCUGGGAUGUUCGCCUCAUUUCAUCGACAUGGUCCUGAUCCACACGGGCAUUGCGGUCCGGGUAGGAACGAAGAAAUUGUCCGCUACAUCAUCAAUUGGCGUUAAACCAAUGGAACCAGUGGAUACAUUUUUGCUGUUUCCGAAGGACAAAUCCAUCCCCACGCUUGAGCUAAAGCUGUUUGCGAAAGUUCGUGUUACGAUCAAAGUCGUUAACGAUGCGAUUGUCGUGACAUCGCUACUGCCCAUUGUUGCUGCGCCGUCUUCAACGGAGGAAGGCUUCACUGAGAAGACGGUGACGGAUUUGUGUGACGAUAUGGCGUCAGCUCGGGUGUACUGAAAUUAAGCGAAUUUCAAUUCCCUUUUUAUAUAUGAUUCUUUUUUCUUCUUCUAUUAACCAAUACUGUGCACUCCCGUUUUAGUAUUUCCGUAAACCAGCAAUCCAUUCAUAAGAGAACGCAGUAGAUUAACACAGAAAGUGGAAAACACAACAAAAAAAAAUUUACUUGACUAUGAAAUUGUAAGUGUGCAACUCAAUA